AUGAGGAGACUUUCAGAAGAAGAGAAAGGCAGGAGGCUGAUCCAGGCGGCACAGGAGGGGACAGUGGAGCAGUUGCAGGCGCUGCUGUCCGUGGGCGCGAAUGUGGGGGUGACGGAUGAGGAACGGUGGACUGUCUUGCACUGGGCAGCAGCCAGGGGACACGUGGAGGCGGCGCGGUGCUUAUUGCAGGGUGGAUCAGAGGUGGACGCCAGAGACUGGCAGCUGAGAACACCUUUGCACCAGGCUGGUGGUAAAGGUCAUGCAGAUAUGGUGCGCUUGCUGGCAAUGUUCUCAGCCGACCUCAAUGCCAGGGAUGAGCAGGAGACACGAAGCAGCAAUGUUUGGCCAUGCAGAGGCAGUAGCCGCCCUGCUUGA